GCACAGCAGCGGCGGACAGGGCGCACAUGAAGGUGCGGAUUUGGAGCGGAAACACGCAAAGUGAAAGCAUGAGUCUGAACUACGCGUCUGCAGCGCCGACGCACAGAGCCACGUCGUUCUUCAUCGAGGACAUUUUACUGCACAAACCCAAACCGCUCAGAGAGGUCAUCCCGCCUCCUUUCUGCGGCUCCAUCGCCUCCAGGGUGCCCAUCCUGGAGUACGGAUACCCGCUGAUGCCGACCCCGAUCCUGGCGCCGCACCCGCACCAUCCUCUGCACAAGCCGGAGCACCACCAAUACUUCUUCACCUCCGGCAUGCAGAUGCCGGCCCUGUUCCAGCACCACGCUGACUUACCCGGUAAGCAUUGCAGGCGCAGGAAGGCGCGCACGGUUUUCUCGGACUCGCAGCUCUCGGGUCUGGAGAAAAGGUUCGAGAUCCAGCGGUACCUGUCCACACCGGAGCGCGUGGAGCUGGCCACGGCGCUCAGCCUGUCCGAGACCCAGGUAAAAACGUGGUUUCAGAACAGGCGCAUGAAGCACAAAAAGCAGCUGAGGAAGGCGCAGGACGAGCGCAAAAGUGCGGACAGAUCUGCGGAAAACUGCAGCGAGAGCGAACUGACGGACAGGAGCGCAGAAGAGCUCAAACAGGGCCUGGAGCCCGGAGACUCCUACAUGCUGGAGGAGGAGCACGACGACGACGAGGAUGACGAUGAUGUGGACAUCGAGGAGGACAUUUGUUCCCCAGAUCACCUCCUAUAGUAGGCUCAGCCCAGUCUCACGU